AUGAACUUAAGAGGACUGAUAUUAUGCGAACUUACAACAUUUUGUAUUCUCAAAUUCUGUUUAUAUGAGAAAUAUCUUCCAGUAAAAUACUUUAAAACAUUAUUUCUUGGAGGGGCUCUUUACAAUUUCGCAAAAAUCAAGGACUACAUUGCAAUUUAUCAAAGAUAUUUGAAUGCUCCAUUCCAUCAUCCCCUCGCCUUCAUCUUCGGCCUCAUUUCUUCUCCCCUCCUUCCUUUCUUUCACACCAUAACAACUUUCAUCACAUUUUCGAAAACUGAUCUGUUACCGUACGCCGCCGUUCAUUACCGCAAUGGCUUCGAAUCAGCCUGCCGCCGACGAAACCACCCCGUCGUAUCAAAAGCAGCCGACCAAACGGAUCAUCCCGACCACCGCCACCCCCAAUCCAUCGAAGUCCGAACAUCCUCCCCACGCUUCAAACCAUCACCCGCCGCCUUGCGCCCCAACCGCCGCAUCGCCAUCGCCGUCGACCUCAGCAACGAGAGCGCGUACGCCGUCAAGUGGGCCGUCGAGAAUUACGUCCGCCCCAGCGACACCGUCACCCUCGUGCACGUCAACUCCACCUCCGUCCUCUACGGCGCUGACUGGGGCCCCUUCGCCUCUACUACCACCAUCGACCCCACCGUGUCAGAAGAAGAACGCGACAAUUUCACGGCGGCGAAAGCCAACCACCUGGCGCAGCCAUUAGCGGAGGCCAACGUGCCGUACAAGAUUCACAUCGUGAAGGAUCAUGAUAUGAAGGAGAGGCUUUGCUUGGAGGUGGAGAGGCUUGGAUUCAGUGCCCUGAUCACCGGGAGUAGAGGGGCUGGUGUUUUGAGGAAGAGCACCAAAGGGAAGCUUGGGAGUGUGAGUGAUUACUGUGUGCAGCACUGCUCGUGUCCGGUGGUGGUGGUUAGGUAUAAUCAAGAGAAAGAGGAGGAGGAGGAGGAGGCAGCUUCGGAUCUUAUCUGA